CUGAAAGCUCUCAGUUAGGUCCGUAGAGGGGUGCUCAGUGCUGCCUCAGGACAGGCCUGCUCAGCGCUGUCUCAGGACGAGCGUGGGUCAUUUUAAGCUGGAACCACUUUCACAAAGGGGUCCCCAGAGCGUACAUAGGAGCCACCAUGAGAUCGGAACCCACCAGUGCACCAGGAAACGCCACCCUGGGGCUCAUACUUCAGACUACCUCGGUCACACGCCACCCACCCUGUGAGGAGAGUAGAAUGUUCUAUGAGGAGAGCGGAGAGGUCUAUGAGCAGAGCAGAGUGGUGGUGGUGCUGGUGUACAGCGCCGUGUGCAUCCUGGGCCUGCCAGCCAACUGCCUAACUGCGUGGCUGACGCUGCUGCAGGUGCUGCAGGGAAACGUGCUGGCCGUCUACCUGUUCUGCCUGUCACUCUGUGAGCUGUUCUACAUCGGCACGCUGCCGCUCUGGGUCAUCUACAUCCAGAACAAGCACAAAUGGACCCUGGGUCCACAGGCCUGCCGAGUGACUGCCUACAUCUUCUUUUGCAACAUCUACAUCAGCAUCCUUCUACUGUGCUGCAUUUCCUGCGACCGCUACCUGGCGGUGGUCUACGCUCUGGAGAGCCGAGGCCGCCGCCACCAGAAGACGGCCAUCAUUGUUUCUGUGUGUGUGUUCGUUCUCGUGGCACUUGUCAACUACCCAGUGUUUGACAUGAAAGUGGAGAGCUUCUGCUUUGAGCCCCUGGGGAUGGAUGGUAGGAUAGCCAACUACCACUACCUGCGUUUUACCUUUGGCUUUGCCGUCCCUCUGGGCAUCCUUGCAUUCACCAAUCACCGGGUUUUCAGGAGCAUCAAGCUCAGCAUGAGCCUAAGCGCAGCACAGAAAACCAAGGUGAAGCACUCAGCCAUCGCGGUCGUCACCAUCUUCCUGGUCUGCUUCGCUCCGUACCAUGUGGUGCUCCUCAUCAAAGCUGCCAGCUUCUCCUUCCACCGAGGAGACAGGGUUGCCGUGUGUGAAUUUGAAAGCAGACUGUACACAGCCUCUGUGGUGUUUCUGUGCCUGUCCACAGUCAAUAGUGUGGCUGACCCCAUCAUCUAUGUGCUGGCCACAGACCAUUCUCGGCAAGAAGUGUCCCGAAUCCACACAGGGUGGAAAAAGUGGUCCACAAAGACAGAUGUCACAUACUUAAAGGACUCUGAGGAGAUACGCUCACCCACAGCUCUCACAAGCACCUAUACCUUCCCUGACCCCAUGCACCUUCCAGGAUCACAGCCAGCCAAACUGGGAGUACUGUGUUCGCCAGAGAGACUGCCUGAGGAAUUUUGCUAAGCCCCACUCUUCCUCAGGGGAGGAUGCUAAGCCUCAAAACCAGGGCCUGUCACAUAUCCCUGGGCCUUUGAGCUACCAUCUGGGGUGUCCCCAGCACUGUAGAUGCCUUUCUGGAAGAUAUGCUGCUACUCUUUCCUUCCUAAGGCCACCAACUCUGUAAACAUCUGUUCCUUGGAUGUCUAGGAACUCCAGGCUCUCCUGGGUGGAAAGCGGCAGUGUGCUAGGGGCAUACCGCUAGGCUGCCAGGGAUUCAGGGAGCAUGUGGCUGGCAGGAGAGUUCUUCAGCAGCAGCAGGAGCUUGCUCUACAGAGCUCCCAACAGCCAUCAGCAGGUCACUUGGCUGAGCACUGGGUGUACAGCUUGAUUUUCUGUGCUUUCCUGCAUUGCCCAGUGGCUUGCCACAGUGCUUCCUGGGGAUCACCACAGAGGUGGACAUGAACUGCAGUCAGAGUUACCGCCAUGGUGCCGAGGGGCUGUCUGUAUACAGCCAAAGAGCCAUCGGGGACUGAACGCCAACCCUGAGGGCUCCCAACAGGGUCUGGUCUUAUAGGGGAGCCAUGGAACAUGGCAGCCAGUUGUUCCGGCUGCUAGUAGCCCCAUACAUCCUCCCCAGGGACCCCUCAACCAUUUACAUUAGGAAGUGCCAGUGAACACCCAGGAAGAGGUUGCUGCUCUUCAAAGCUGCUACCAGAUAAGGCAAUAUCUGGCAUCUGGAAUGCCUUGCAGCUUCUGGCCUUGGCAUCACAGGGAAAGUAGUGUGGGGAUCCUGAAGAGGCAAGUCAAGAGCACCACCUCUACCCCAUUUUCUCCAGUGUUACCUUGAAUCCCAGCCCUGCCAUAAGAGGUCCUGUCUAGGCUGAGUCAUACACGUGCUUUUGUUAGCUACCUCACUGGGUCACUCACUAUUGGGACUGACCCCCCCGCCCCGACACACACACAAGAGUGUACUUGGAGUACAGGGGCCCAGGACUCUGAGCUUGGCAGUCCUCGGAGCUGAUGCCCGUGAAGCACACACAUCACAGAAGAUGCUCAGAAAUGACAUCUGAGGUUAAUUUUUGUUCACUGUUGUAAGAAGUAUUGAGAAUAAGAACACAAAAAUAGAAGUUGAUCCUAACUUCUUUUUGCUAUUGCUGCUUUUUUUUUUUUUUUUUUUUUUUUUUUCUUCAAGAGCACAAGGUUUUCUGGAGCUCAGACUCACUAAAUAACAGAGAAUGCCCUGUUGUCUGGUGAUCUUCUUGUCUCCACCUCCCAAGGGUGGGAUUGCAAGCAUGUACCACCAGCUUCUGACUUUCUCUUUAGUGUUUGUUUGUUUGUUUGUUUGUUUGUUUGACUGAUUUUUUUUUCAUGGAUGUGUGGGUGUGUGUUGGUAUAAUGUUCUUGUGGAAUGUAUGCAAUUUACCCUUGUUCAUUCACAUGCUGAUUUCUCUACCCCACUAUCUGGUUUCAAGCAUUUUGAUGCUUAGUCUAAGCAUCACCUGGCUCAAGUUUAUGUAAACAUGCCACCAUUUGUUCUCUGUAUUGCCAAAAAAACAACCAGCCAGUGCUGAGCAAUGGAGAGAAUAGGGUGGGACAUCCUGGUCCUGAGGGGAGGAGAAAUCUGAGAGGAGAGGACCAGGAAGCAUUAGGAGACAUAAACUGGAUCUAAGAUGUGACUAAAAAAGCAAGAAUAAUGUGGGAAAUUUGAAUGGGAGGAAGCUAUGCAGGCUUGGAGGUUCAGGAUGGAGUAAUUAUUGCCCAGCACUGUGCCCUAGGGUUAAUUAAAUAAAUCCUAGUGUCUGUGUGGUGAUUUGGGUGUAGAGCUGGUUUAAGAAUAACUGUUGUUUAACUAAAAGACAAAUCAAUAAUAAAUAUUAAAG